UUUUUUCUCUUGGUAAGGUACAAUGAAAGGCCUCUACACUGUCUGUGUUGUCCUUUUGGUGUUGGGGAGCUUCUCUGAAGCAAAGUUUGAUGACUUUGAGGAUGAAGACGACUUAGUGGAGUAUGAUGAUAAUGACUUUGCCGAAUUUGAGGAUGUCAUGGAAGAUUCUGCUACUCAGUCUCCUCAGCGGGUGAUAACCACUGAGGAUGAUGAGGAGGAGACCACUGUGGAAUUGGAAGGGCAGGAUGAAAACCAGGAAGAAGAUUUUGAAGAUACAGACACCCAGGAGGGGGACACUGAGAAUGAGCCAUAUGACGAUGAAGAAUUUGAAGGCUAUGAAGACAAACCAGAUACCACUUCCAGCAAAAAUAAAGACCCAAUAACAAUUGUCGAUGUGCCUGCACAUCUCCAGAACAGCUGGGAGAGUUAUUAUCUAGAAAUUUUGAUGGUGACUGGCCUUCUUGCCUACAUCAUGAAUUAUAUCAUUGGGAAGAACAAAAAUAGCCGUCUUGCCCAGGCCUGGUUUAACACUCACAGAGAGCUGUUGGAGAACAACUUUACUCUAGUAGGGGAUGAUGGAACUAACAAAGAACCCACAAGCACAGGAAAGCUGAACCAGGAGAACGAGCACAUCUACAACCUGUGGUGUUCUGGCCGAGUGUGCUGUGAAGGCAUGCUGAUCCAGCUGAGGUUCCUGAAGAGACAAGACUUGCUGAAUGUCCUGGCCAGGAUGAUGAGGCCUGUUAGUGAUCAAGUGCAAAUAAAAGUAACCAUGAAUGAUGAAGACAUGGAUACCUAUGUGUUUGCUGUUGGCACACGGAAGGCCUUGGUGCGACUGCAGAAAGAGAUGCAAGAUGUGAGUGAGUUUUGCAGUGAUAAACCUAAGUCUGGGGCAAAGUAUGGGCUACCUGACUCCAUGGCCAUCUUGUCAGAGAUGGGAGAAGUCACCGAAGGGAUGAUGGAUUCAAAGAUGGUUCAUUUUCUUACACACUAUGAUGACAAGAUUGAAUCCAUUCAUUUUUCAGACCAGUUCUCUGGUCCAAAAAUUAUGCAAGAGGAAGGUCAGCCUUUAAAGCUUCCGGACACUAAGAGGACACUAUUGUUUACAUUUAAUGUGCCUGGCUCAGGUAACACUUACCCAAAGGAUAUGGAGGCUUUACUACCCCUGAUGAACAUGGUGAUUUACUCUAUUGAUAAAGCCAAAAAGUUCCGACUCAACAGAGAAGGCAAGCAAAAAGCUGACAAGAACCGCGCUCGAGUAGAAGAGAACUUCUUGAAGCUGACUCAUGUGCAGAGGCAGGAAGCUGCACAGUCUCGACGUGAGGAAAAGAAAAGAGCCGAGAAGGAGCGGAUCAUGAACGAGGAAGAUCCUGAGAAACAGCGCAGGCUGGAGGAAGCUGCUUUGAGGCGUGAACAAAAGAAGUUGGAGAAGAAGCAAAUGAAAAUGAAGCAAAUCAAAGUGAAAGCCAUGUAA